AUGCCUAGAAACAUCACAAACGAGCGAUUCAGCUGGGUUCCAGGUGAGUCUCUCCAAAAAACCAAAUUAGUUUGCCAACAACUGAAUGUGCGGCACCAGGCCGCUUCAUGUUUCAGUCGCUACGAUAUUCGAGAUAUCGCGAUACAUGUACAUUCUUUCAACGGCAAUUUCCCCAAAGGUAAAAAGCCAUCUGGCAAUUCUAGAAAAAGGACAGACGACAGAUUCAUAAGUGUUACAACUCAGCAGGGGCGAGAUGGCCCAAGUGGUAAGAGCACGAAUUUACUGACCGGAAGGUCCGUGGUUCGAAUCCGACCUCUGCCUCUCGAAUUCCCCUGUCUAGGCUUGGGCAACCUGGCAGCCCUCAUAUGUGGACCGGACAGAUGGAAUAACUUACUCAUAAGGUUGCUGGAUUUUCUUCGACAGCCCACGACCGGUUACGCUCUUCUUGGGGCUCAUCAGUGCAUUACGAACAUACAUGUAUCGCGGUAUCUCGAAAAUCGUACCAACUCAGAAAUGAGGUGGCCUGCUGCAGCACAUUCAGUUGCCUGGAAACAUUACAAACGAGAGAUUCAGCUGAAAUACAGACGUAAUACACAACUCAUAAGGUUGCUGAAAAUUCUUCGACAGUUCACGACCGGUUUCGCCCUUCCACUUCGGGAUCAUCAGUUAGGCGCAUUCCCCCGAGUUUCCGUCAACCUUAUGUUAAACUUGAACCCUAAUUGGACUGUUUUCGAGAAACACGCUCAUUUACAAAUCAAUUUGGUUUUUCACAAGAGACUCAACUGA